AUGGCCGGUUGGCUCAAGUCCAAGGAGGAGCUGAUCGCGGAGCAAAAGCAACUUGCAGCCGCCACGGCAGAGGUCAACCGUCAGCUGCUGGAACGAGCUGAAGUCGACAAAAUUCGCGCGCAACUUGCAGAACUCGAAGACAAGCAGCGCAACGUCCCCGGUGAGAUCGACAAGGUGCGAUUGUCGCAAGCUGCAGAGGAAAAGAAAAUCCAUGCUGCGCAUGAUGCCAAACGCGACCUCCUUACCGCAGCUGAAGGCCACGUCCGAACCGCGGAGACAGUGGUCGAAGACCAUGAGAAACAGUUGAAAGCAGCUCAGCUCAACCUGGACGCUCUCAAGUCUUGUGCCGACGAAUUGAACCUCAACCUGGACACCCUUAAGUCUCAUGUCGAGGAACUGAAGAGCGACAUGGUAGCGGACAGACUACAGGUGCGCAACGCUCUUCACGAGCUGAACGAGGCUACACAGUCCAAAAUCAACAGCUUGAACUCCGUUCAGAUCGAGCUUGCACAGAAGAGGGAGGAGCUCCAGCAGCUCGAUCCAGAGUUCAGUGCCGAGUCAGUGACAAAUGAAAGUUCAAGCUCAUCAGAGACUGCGCAGCCACAUCCAAAAGAAGCAGAGCACUUGAUCGAGAUGGAGACUGCCGCUCAACAGGCGACGCACAACGCGGAGAUGAUGCCUGGCGAGGCCAUGGUGACUCAAUCGACGGCUACAGCUCAAGCUACUCCUGACUCCACCUCGAGGAAGCCCAUCGUGGGGCGAACGACUUCGCAUACUGAUGCAUCCGCUCGCCGCAGCCUCAUUUCGACCUGCAAUGCCGAUACAUCUCCACCGUUCUUCACUUGCGAUACUCCCGCGCGAGAGGUGAUUCCUUCGUCAAGACCUCGCUCGCCGCGUCCUCCUGUUCAUACGCCAGCCGCCACGAACGGCGGUAAUCUCAACUCUGAUUCGGACGCGCAACAGUCGCAAUCUACUACGAACUCGCAUUUGCCGCAAAAUUCCGAGGAGACUGGCAAUACGAGAUCUGAGUCUCAGACUGACCCUCUGCCUCAGCCUCGUACUCGCAACCGCGAGUCUGUGUCCGCCUUGACGCAGGAAAAGUUGGCUCUGAAGAGCGAAUACGCAGAUUUACGUGCGGCUUUGAAAGGAACGAGCGGGGCUCGAUCUACCGCCAAAUCACAGUCAACUCCGAAGCCACCAGUAUUCGCCAAAGCAGCAGACGAAUCCACGAGUACAGACAAGGAGAAACGCAAGUCUGCUGGUAGUGACCAGAAGCCUUCCACAGUUUACGGUGAAGAGGUACAUGAAUGUUCGUUGAGCGAGGAGUUCCCAACAGUCAUCUACAUUCAGGAACCUGAGGAUGUGCAUGGCGCCUGGUGUGAACUCAGAUGCUUUGUUUGUCACGCAAACACGUCUGUCGAGCAGCUUGAAUUUUUCGCCAGCAUUACGUCGUUCGUUCAGCACAUCGCACGAAGCCAUGGAUCUUUUCCCCGCGAAGAAGUCGCUGCGGCAUGUGUCAGACGCCAGUUCUCUGCAGAUGACGUGAAGCGUCUCCUUGAUGGCAAGCAGCCAUUGAGAGGAGCUCCGAUCAAGACGACCUUUGGAGAAGCCCACAGGCGAGCACUGAAGUUGGAGGAUGGGAUCAUUGCGGAUCCACAUGAUACUUCCUCAGACUCUGCGAGUCCGGAUCAGCACAAAAACCAGGCAAUGGAAGAGAUGCAGGAUGGUGCACACGAGAAUCUUCGUGGUCGAAACGAUGAUGUUGGGAGCAGAGCGCGAGCUUUCCAGCCACUGAUGCGCGGGAGCCGUGUUGUCGAGCUCGGUGAUUCUGAAGAUGAGUUGGCCACUCCUGCAGCUGCGAAUGCCCAUGCGAAAGCUUCAACAUUCUUUCGAAAGGGUCAGUCGACGAUAGCAGGGCCUACAACCCGCUCGCAGCCCACGUUGCAGUCGGAGUCUCCUGCGGAGCAAAAUGUCGUUGGCAAGAAGACGCCAAAUGGUUUGGGACAACCAUUCAUACCCUCACAGAUCGGGCAACGUUCAAAGACAGCUGCUCCCAACGUCGGUGCUCCAGAUACGGAUGUAGAGGCGCGGAAUAUGGCGCCUCCGCGUAGCAGCAGCCUGUUCAGGGAGAGGGACAAAGAUGUCGUCGGACUUUCAUCUGCGAUUGUCCCCACUCGCGAGAAUUCGGGCUUCUUCAAGCCUUUUGCAAGCGGACAGAAGCGCUCUCACGGCGAGAUGACACCUCCAAAGGAGCCGCGUCGCUCUGACAUACUGCAUCCCAAUUUUACUGCAACCGCGCAGGUUCAGGGACAGUGGUGCAUUAUCAGCUGUCGGAUAUGCUCUGCCAAUGCUGAUUUCUAUUCCAAUGGUGGCUUUCGCUUCUUCCACGGCCUCGACGGGCUGUUCGACCACGCAAAGAAAUCACAUCCUCGUGUGCGUAUUGACCGCAACGUGCUUUUCGACUUCGCGGAAUCUCUCCCCGUCCCUCGUCGCUUUGUGGUGGGCGCGUCUCGUCUUGCCGAUUUGGAGAUCGUUCCGCACGCUGGCAACAAAGUCCGUGGCACUCCGCACAGCGACGCUGUCCCCGCGUGGAAUACGAACAUUCUUCAUCGCGAUUUUCCGACCACGGCGUACUUCGACGAGAACUGGUUCGAGAUCAGUUGUCGUCUUUGUUCAGCCAAUGCUGCAAGCCUGAGCAGCCCGUUCAAAGGCCUCAUCGGCCUUGCAGCACAUGUGAGAUCUGUUCACAAAACGGUGACUGAUUUCAAUGAUGUGCGAGCUUGGUGCGCGAUGGCAGGACCGAUCGACAAUGAUCUCGUUAAGCGAUUGAGCCGACCGGGCUGGUCAGGGUCAUACAAGAUUGAUCUGAUCGUCGCAAGCUCUGCACAAGGCGAAAGCAGCUUUCGGGCACCCGUCGGUCGCACCUCCAGCGGUAGCUUCCGCCCAAGCAAGGAGCAAAGCAGAGAUCCUCGUCUUCAAAACAGAAUUGAGCACGCGGGAGAACACAUGCAGGAAGAAGUCGUGCAGCACGCGGAGCGCAGUCCUCCUCAUCACGCUCUUCAGAAUUCAAAUGGAGCUACGAAGAGACUAGGACAGCACUCAAACAUGCCGCUUGGCUCUACUUCCGAAAAGCCCGCGUGGAUCCGUAAUUCGUCUGCGUCGCCAGAGCACAAGAAGAAUAGGAGGGAAGUCGAAAUAGAGUUCCGUAGUCGUUGA